AUGCCCCUCCAGAAAUCACCCACAGCGCUCGAGUCGACAUUCUCCUCCUUGAUCUCACGCCGUCGCUCCAGGUCACUGCUCCGCCGGCUCACCACAGUCCCACCAGGGACCGUCGACUUCUCCUCCAACGACUACCUGUCCCUCUCCACCAACCCCGACAUCCGCGAGGUAUUCCUCAACCUCCUGAGGCAGGAGGGGUACAGCUCCCGCCCCGGACAGGAGGAGCCCUCGACGUCUCCACCACUACCUCAGCUCGGAUCGCGCGGGUCCCGCCUGCUGGACGGCAACCACCCCUUCGCGGACUCGCUCGAGGCCGUGAUCGCCGCGCACCACAACUCGCCUAGUGCCCUGCUCUUCACCUCUGGAUUCGACGCCAACGUCGGGCUGUUCUCGUGCGCCCCGCAGCCGGGGGACUUCAUCGUCUACGAUGAGCUGAUCCACGCCAGCGUCCACGAUGGCAUGAGGCUCUCGCGCGUGCCGGCCGCACGGCGGCUCCCCUUCAGGCACAAUAGUGUCAAUGGGCUCCGGGAGGUGCUGGGUGAGCUGGCUGAAAGGGAGGACGGGGUGGGUGAGGGCAAGGCCAAUGUCUUUGUUGCUGUGGAGGCUGUCUACAGCAUGGACGGGGACUUGGCACCAUUACGGGAGAUGGUGGAUGUCGUCCAAGGUGUGCUCCCGCGGGAAAAUGGAUAUCUAAUUGUUGAUGAGGCACAUGCCACGGGUGUCUUCGGCCAGCGAGGCAGGGGUUUGUGUUGCGAGCUGGGUGUCGAAGACAAGGUCUUUGCUCGGGUCGUGACGUUCGGUAAGGCUGUUGGGAGCCAAGGUGGUGAGUCACUCGUGUUUUUUCACGUUACCGUUUCUUCAAUGCCCCAGCAUCUCAAGUGA